GAAAACACACCACAGCCUCUUAGCAGCGACUUUUUUGUUAAAUAUUUCAGUUUUUUUUUUGGACAUAUUUCUCUUUUAUUUGUGGCAUUGGAUACUGAUGGACUUUAGACUUCAUAGCGGAUUAUAAAGCGUUUGUUUAAUCGAACAGAAGAAAUGUCGGACAGAACAAUGGCACGGCAAAUACUGUUGUUCAUCUUGGUCCUCUCUCUUGAUUCAAUGCACGGGCAGGUCAGUUACUCUAUUCCCGAGGAAAUGUUGAAAGGCUCUUUAGUCGGAAACAUAGCUCAGGAUUUAGGUCUGGAUGUAAAUAGACUAAAGUCAGGUAAAGCUCGUAUUUAUACUGGAGACAGCACAGAAUACAUCGAGCUGAAUAAAGAAAGGGGAGUCCUCCUCAUCAAAGAGAGAAUAGACCGCGAAGCGCUCUGCGGGCAGACGACGCCUUGCGCUCUGCAUCUUCAAAUAACUCUAGAAGAUCCCAUUGAAUUUUUCAGUGUUACCAUAGAGAUCAACGAUAUAAACGAUAAUGCACCUACUUUUAAGAAAGAUGAAAUGAUAUUUAAGAUCAGUGAGUCGGCAGUGGUCGGAGCUAAAUUUGUAUUGGAGAGAGCAAUGGAUUUAGAUAAUGGGGUGAACGGUAUCCAAAGUUAUAUUUUAAUACCCAAAGAUAACUUCAUUUUAAAAUUGCUAAAUCAACCAGACGGUGGGAAAAAGGUGGAGAUGGUUUUGCAAAAAUCUCUAGACCGAGAGAGUCAGGAGUAUCUCUCUUUAACUCUCACUGCUAUAGAUGGAGGCGAGCCGAAAUUGUCGGGGACUAUGCAGAUAAAGAUAACUGUCUUAGACGCCAAUGACAACGCACCUGUAUUUACACAGGAAAUAUACAAAGCUUUAACAAAAGAGAAUGCACCAAGGGGCACAGUUCUAAGUACCGUAAGCGCCACUGAUGCUGACCAAGGGUCUAAUGGUCGGAUGUCAUAUUCAAUAACUAAUACUCUGGAUGAUGUCUCAGAUAUGUUUGAGAUAAAUGAAGAAAGUGGUGUGGUUUCACUAUCUGGAAACAUAGAUUAUGAAAGGGCUCGACAAUAUGAAAUACAUGUACAAGCUAGUGAUGAUGGUGGGCUGACAGAUUCGUGUAAGAUUUUAGUUGAAGUAGUGGAUAUGAAUGAUAAUAGCCCUACUAUUAAUAUUAUGUCGAAAACAAAUUCAGUAUCAGAAAAUGCAAAAUCCGGUACAGUUGUGACCAUUAUCAAUGUACAAGAUCCAGACUCUGGUGAAAAUGGAAAGGUUAUUUGCGCUAUUGAUGACGACAUUCCCUUUAUGAUGAAAUCCUCCUCCAAUCAUUUCUUUAGCUUGGUAACCGACAAUGAAUUGGAUCGAGAGAGAGCAUCUGAGUACAACAUCAGUGUCACGUGUUCUGAUGAGGGAGUGCCCUCGCUCUCCAGCAGCGUCACUCUCACCUUACAGAUUUCAGAUGUUAAUGACAACGCUCCUGUCUUUGAGAAGAGCUCAUAUCAGGCGUACAUUAUAGAAAACAACACACCGGGCCUCUCUAUAUUCACAGUGAAAGCCAGAGACGCUGACUGGAACCAGAAUGCUCGUGUUUCUUACAUACUGGAGGACUCCUCGGUUAACGGAGUUUCCGUCUCCUCAUAUGUGUCCGUUAGUGCUGAUAGUGGAGUCGUCCAUGCAGUGCGCUCUUUUGACUACGAGCAGAUCAAGGAUUUCCAGUUCCGCGUAAAAGCGCAGGAUGGAGGCUCUCCUCCACACUGUAGCAAUGUGACUGUGAAAAUAAUGAUCCAAGACCAGAACGACAACGCACCACAGGUUCUGUACCCAGUCCAGACUGGCGGCUCUCUGGUGGCUGAAAUGGUGCCUCGUUCAGCAGAUGUGGGCUAUCUGGUCACUAAAGUGGUGGCUGUUGAUGUGGACUCUGGACAGAAUGCCUGGCUGUCCUAUAAACUGCAGAAAGCCACAGACAGGGCGCUGUUUGAAGUUGGCUUACAGAAUGGGGAAAUAAGAACUGUUCGCCAAGUGACUGAUAAAGAUGCAGUGAAACAAAGGCUCACUGUUGUAGUGGAGGACAACGGGCAGCCCUCUCGUUCAGCUACAGUCAAUGUUAACGUGGCGGUGGCGGACAGCUUCCCUGAAGUGCUCUCGGAGUUCACUGACUUUACGUACGACAAGGAGUACAAUGACAACCUGACUUUUUACUUAGUCUUGGCUUUGGCUGUAGUUUCAUUUCUGUUCAUCACGUGUUUAGUGGUUAUUAUAUCAGUGAAAAUAUACAGAUGGAGACAGUCUCGUAUCCUCUAUCAUUCCAAUCUCCCGGUUAUUCCUUAUUAUCCACCGCGUUACGCAGACACUUUGGGGACGGGAACUCUGCAGCACGUGUACAAUUACGAGGUGUGCAGGACGACUGACUCCAGAAAGAGUGACUGUAAGUUCGCCAUACCGGGUAGUCAGAACGUCCUGAUAAUGGACCCCAGCUUGACAGGAACCAUGCAGCGGAUACAGAGUGAAAAAAACCUCCUAGAUGAACCAGACUCUCCACUGGAGGUUAGUGUGCUGUAA